AUGCCCUGGCUCUCUGUGUUGGCCGUCGCAUUCGAAUCUUCGGUUGCAACACCAGCAUUGUUUGGCCUAGAGGUUGAACGGAACGCUGAAAACGAUCCGGAAUUCUGA